AAUGGUAUAUUUAAUUAUAAAAUAUACCAUUGCAUUUAAUUAAUUAUAAUAGCAUUAUGAUGUCGUUAAGGAAUUUCUAAGAAACUUUGACAGAUCACGAUAUAAAUAUGAUACCGGACUGCUGCGAGCAAAAUAUGGUUUGGAAAAAUGUCAAGAUAAACGACACUGCUCAUAUGAUUUGCUUCAUGAAGAAAAAUGAGUUAUGGAAAGUUCUUUUAACGAAUCUAACAGAAAUUUGGAUGGAAACUCUGACAGAUGAAACUAUACUUCAUAAAUUCCAGAGAUUCAAUCCUCUCUUAAGUCUUGAAGCUUUUGACUGGAAACAACUGAUAAUGGAUAUGUUAAACGAUAUUCCUAAAUAUAUAAAUACAUGCAUUGUAGAUGGUUCCACAUAUCGUAUAGAGCUGCGAAAAGACAAAGAUUUUGUAAAAUUGAAAUUCUCAUUACAUCUUCUCAAAGAAACACCGCAACAGUUUUGGGAAAAUGUGACUAUGCCUCUCUGUUUGACAUCAAUGGAAAUGGUUCGCCGAUACAAGAUUCUGUUAGAUUUGGUAAAACAAAAAGAUGAGGAAAUCACGGAAUAUAAAGCAGUAGGUGCAGAGUUGAUUAGAAAGUAUAUUGCUACAAAACCAUUCAGUGAAGAAUUGUUUCACAUUGAUUCAACUGCAUCGACUGCAACUGAUUUUGUAAAAACUUUGCAAUGUAUGUUUCAUUUUUAUAAUGAAAUAAACUUGCCAACGUCACUUGUGAAAAUAGAAUCUAAAAUACCUUUGAGUAGUACAAGUGAUAAUAAUUCUCCAAAGAUUGAUGAAAAUGAUUCUAAAGAUGAACUCGUACAAAAUCUAAGACAAGACAAAUUGAGUGAGCAAGAAUAUUCAAAUAUUAAGGAAUGCGAUCAGAAAGCAGGACCUUCCAGUAAAACUUCAACUUUGAAAAUAAGCAGCACAUCUCAUAGGAUACAUAAACUAAAGAAGAAUAAAAAAACUUUGAAUGAUUUUAUAUCAUAAGAUAUCAGGCUGUUGAUUAUAUCAAUUAUAUUAUUAGGAUUUGCGUUGUUGUGAAUUUUAUUAUAUUAUCUAUUGAAAGCGAGAAAUAUUAAAGAGAUAUAUUUAUAAUACAUAUAAUUUAAAAAAUAAACACAAUUUUUAAAGAAUGAUGCUUAAAACAGGAAUGAAUAUUAUAAUUUUAUAUAUAAAAUAUAAAACAAGUUUACAAGA